AGAAUGCGUUGGUUGAUUGGUUGAAGUUGAAAUGACUCCCGUAUUUGAAGUCUUGAUUACAAAUGUAUUCUCAACUUUCGAAAAAUGUACAAAGUAUGCGAGACUUCAUUUCAGUUCAACAUGUUCAACUGGUUUACUAUGCGUGAUAGGAAAAUCAAUGAAAAAGAUUCAUUAUUUGACAUUCGUCCGUUUGAAAAGCUGAACCAUUCAACGUUCUCAUUUUCGAGCGAAAAUGUUUGAAUGAAUCCCAAAAUAUUCCUUGUAAAGGUUUGUUAGCGGCUUGAGUGCAGAGAACAGCCGUCGUAUGAUUCUGAUUUUAAUUCUGAUCUUAGAAGCCGUUUGAUUCGGAUUCUCAUGUUCGGAGCCGUAUGAUUCUGAUGUUAGCAGCCGUAUGAUUCGGAUUCUAAUUCUGACGUUAGCAGCCGUAUGAUUCUGAUUCUAAUGUUAGCAGCCGUAUGAUUCUGAUUCUAAUCCUGACGUUAGCAGCCGUAUGAUUCUGAUUCUAAUUCUGAUAUUCGCCCCGCCCCAUAUUUUGGCGACUCCGAGUUCCAAUGCGUUUCCUGGACUGCUGUGUUUAUUUUAUUUUAUUUUUUUCUACUCCGUCGAUUUUGUUUCCAUCCAAGGAAGACCUGCUUAUAUUUUCCGGCGUUUCCGGUUCCUAAUGGUGACGUCACGGCGUCCGUCUCAAGCUCAAGUUCGUGUGCAGUGUCGUUGCAGUUGCGCGGUUUUAUCGAGCGAGAGGCGCAGACCGCGUUUGCUCCAGCGCUUCGGACCGGACCGGACUCUGCUCGGUCGCGAUGGACCCGUUAGACUGCGAAGAACCGGCGAAGCGGCGGCGUCCCUGGGCUCGAUUCUCGUCGUGGCUCGAGUGCGUGUGCGUGGUCACCUUCGACCUGGAGCUCGGACAAGCCAUCGAGCUGGUUUACCCUCCUGACGUGAAGUUGACCGAGAAGGAGAAAAGCAGCCUGUGCUACCUUUCCUUCCCGGAUUCCUACUCAGGUAAACGCGGUCAACCUUUGUCUCAUUUCAUCUCGUCGCGGACCGCCGUCGAAGCGCAACGGGCUUUCCGCGUUCCCGGCCUCGGCAUUCCCCAUCUUUUCGGUGGCAACGAGACCACAUCAGCCCGUCUUAAUUCCCAGCGGUCGCCGCUUCACUUUGGAACGAUCGCUUUCCGAAUCGUCGCGAUGAGAUCGGCGCCCCCUCGCGUUUCGGAUUGCCGGCUCGUCGUCGCGUCUCCACCUCGACGUCACGAGCCCGCGACUCCCCUCUUAGGCCUGUUCCGAGCAGCCCGGAAUCCAGUUUCAGAGCCCCUACUUUCUUCCCCACGUUGUGUGUUUGGAACCUCAACUUUGUUGACUUUGUUACUUGUUUCGUCAACGAAACGGCUUCCCGUCGUCGUCUCGCUCGGUUCUCCAGGAUCCAUUGGGGACACUCGGUUCAGCUUCAGGAUGCGUCAGUCGGUGGGCCGCAGCCGUCCCGGGCUCCCGGACGACAUUUACAACAGAGACGCCGUCGCCGCCCUGCAGAGCGAAGCGUCGCACUUCUACGGCUACGUUUACUUCCGACAAGUCAAGGAUGCGUCGGUGAAGCGAGGAUACUUCCAGAAGUCUCUGGUUCUGGUGUCCCGGCUGCCUUUCGUGCAGCUCUUUUACGCCGUGCUGGACGUCAUCGCCGCCGACUUCUUCCGGCGGUUGCGACCCUCCCUGGAAGCAGUGUGCGAGCAAAUGGACCGAUGGCCUUUCCUGGCGCCCGGACUGACCGUGACCCUCCCCCUGAUGGAUGCGGUCCUACAGGUCCGAAUUCCGUGCCAGAAGGACAACGCGGGAAGUCCGGUGAGGGCCCCGCCCAAGGAGGUCGCAGCAGCUCCACCGACUGCGCUGCCUUCCGUGCACGAGCUGGACCUCUUCAGGUGUUUCCAGUCGGUCCUGAUCCAUCUGCAGAUGUUGUGGGAACUCACGUUGCUGGGCGAGCCCUUGAUCGUCAUGGCGCCGUCCCCCACCGUCUCUUCGGAAACCGUCUUGGCGCUCGUCGGCUCCAUCGCGCCGCUCAAGUUCUGCUGCGACUUCCGUCCUUACUUCACCAUCCACGACAGCGAGUUCCGAGAAUACACCACCAAGACGCAGGCCCCGCCCAACGUGAUUCUGGGCGUGACCAACCCGUUCUUCGUCAAGACCUUCCACAAUUGGCCUCACGUGCUGCGACUGGGCGAGACAGCCAAGAUGCUCGGUGACGUCCCGAAGCAGCUGAAGGUCCGGAAAGCGGCCAAACUCAAAACGCUUGACGCCAAACCAGGAGUGUUCACGGCCUACAAGAGCUUCCUCCUCAAAGACAAGAUCCUCGUCAAACGGCUGCUGAAGGGCAUCCAGAGACGGAGGCCGUCCGAGGUGCAGAGCGCCAUCUUGAGGAGGCACUUUUUAGAACUGACUCAGAGCUUCAUCAUCCCGCUGGAGCGCUACAUGUCCAGCCUCAUGCCGCUCCAGAGGUCCGUCACGCCCUGGAAGACGCCGCCGCAGAUUCGUCCCUUCAGUCAGGACGAGUUCAUGUCCGUGCUGGAACGAGGCGGCCCCCAGCUCACCUCGGCGCUGCGAGGCGAUUGGACGGGACUCUACAGGAAGUUCUUCAAGUCUCCCAAUUUCGACGGCUGGUACCGCCGCCGUCUUCGAGAGAUGACGCGCAAACUGGAGAGUCUCCACCUCGAGGUCAUCUGCGAGGCUGACCUGCUGGGAUGGACCCGGGACAAAUCGGAGGUCGAGAUUGUUGACUUGAUUCUCAAGCUACGAGAUAAAUUGCUGAAAGCCGCGAGGCAGCAGUUGCAGGUGAAAGCCGACAUUUUGGGCAAAUUGGAAUCGCUGAUCGCGUCCGUCGUGAGCUCGCUGCCCAAAGACCUGCAAGACGUCCUCAACGCACAAUGACGCCCGCACACGCGCACUCACUCCCGAUAUUUCACGAGCACGUCAGGUCAGUGACUGUCACGCGAUUCCAUCAGUUUGUUUCCGAGCUCCCGCAGAAGGGAAACGUCCCGGACGACAAACGCUAAAUGAAGGACGUGAGACUCGAACGUCGCUUGGAAUUUUUGAUCUGCUAACGUUGAAUAAAAAUGCCUUUAUUCGGAAA